AUGGCGGAGGGGAACAAGACACCAACGACGGAUUUCAUUCUCCUGGGCCUGUUCCCCGAGUUCGGACACCGGGCCUUCCUCAUCUCCAUCAACCUCCUGAUCUUCGCCGUCGCCGUAACCGGGAACGCCGUCCUGAUCCUCCUCAUCUGGAGGGAUCCCCGGCUCCACACCCCCAUGUACUUCCUGCUCAGCCAGCUCUCCCUCAUGGACUUGGCUUUGCUCAACGCCACGGAGCCCAAGAUGGCGUACGACUUCUUCUCGGGGAGGAGAAACAUCUCGGCGUUCGGCUGCGGAGCCCAGAUGUUCUUUUACCUGACCCUCGGCUCGUCUGAGUGCGUCCUCCUGACCUUCAUGUCCUAUGACCGCUUCGUGGCCAUCUGCCGCCCGCUGCGUUACCCGGUCCUCGUGAGCCCGGGGCUCUGCCUGGGGACGGUCGCCGGCACCUGGAUUGGGGCUGCCUUCUUUUCUCUGAGCAACGUUCUCUACGUGAUGAGCAUUCCCAUCUGCGGGGCCAGGGUGAUCCCCCAAUACUUUUGCGAGCUUCCGUCCGUACUGCGGCUCUCCUGCCGGGACACCUCUACCUACGACCUGGUGGUGUUGGCGUCCGGGUUCGCGCUGAUCCUCAUCCCCUUCUCCCUCAUCGCGUCUUCCUACGCCCUCAUCUUCCUCACCGUCCUGCGCAUGGACUCCCGGGAGGGGAGGAGGAAGGCCCUGACCACCUGUUCUUCCCACCUCACCGUGGUCACCCUCUACUACGGCCCGAUCGUCUUCAUCUAUAUGACCCCCGGUACCUCGCAUUCCCCUGCGCAGAACCAGGCCUGCUCCAUAUUCGGAACUUUGAUCACCCCGGCCCUCAACCCCCUCAUCUACAGCCUGAGGAACAAAGAGGUGCUAGGGGCGUUGGCCAAGGCGUUGGGGACAAAUAGCUCUGGUGUGGAGACCCAGGGGAAGGUGGCGGCGAAGAUGAGGGCAGCUGGAAGGAAGCGGGAGACACCCUAA